AUAAGCUAAUUACAUAUCGUCAUCUGAUUGGCUGUAGGAAACGUGUGUACGUAUGUUUACUUGCUCUUCCUCCUAACUGCGAGUCAGGCAAGUCCCCCAUAGUUGAAAGCGGAUUGGCGGCUCCGCGCGAUUGUGGGCUGCCUAAACACUUCCCAGAAAGUCGAAACCGAUAGCUGUGUACCCAUUUAGCAGCGUAAACCCGAUAGUAAAUGCCUGUCUUGGUCGGUUGGUCUCAGUAGUAUGGCGUUUCAAAUGUCAACACUUGCCUGUCGUUUUAAAAUCCCAACCAGACUCGGUGUGCUCACCCUUUCCCGUGCUACCAGCAGUGCUCAAGCGGUCGGCCCGACCGCGGACCUCAAAAUAAGCAGCUCCGCAGCAAGCCGUGCGGCAGAGUCCUUGCUUAAUUCGAGCGUCCGAUCACCUGCUUGCUUGGUGUUCACCAGACUUUUGAACACCCGAUCGUCACUUUACUCAGGAGCAAUUAAUUCCGGGCGAAGUUCGGUGAAGUUUCCCACCAGCUCGGGGGCCUCGGGGUCCAUUCAGGCCGACAGCGGUGACGCGUCUUCUCGCAGGAGGGCACGGUCGGUCCGACGGGGGUUUUGCGCCGUUCUGGGCGCCCUGGGGUUUUCCGCCGCAGUUGCCUCUCUACACUCGAGUUCACUACGCGACAUGGCCGCCGGGUCCGAAUCCAUUAACUUGGACUCAACUAACACCGACUGGAAAGAGGCCAAAAAGUUCCUGCUCUCAGCCUCCCUGCAGGAGAGACGGGCGAUGUAUAGGACUUCUGAUUUUUUGACCCUGGAGCAAAUCCCUCUCUGGACUUCUUCAGAGCGUCCUGCAGGUGAUGCACUCUACCCUGCCAAUGAGGCGCUGAAACCCAAAAUAUCUCUGUUUCGAGGAGACAUAACAAGGCUGGAGAUUGAUGUGAUCGUCAAUGCUGCCAACAAGACACUGUUGGGAGGUGGAGGAGUUGAUGGUUCGAUCCACCGCGGGGCCGGCCCCCUCCUGAAGCAGGAAUGCGCCACCCUGGGAGGGUGUGAGACAGGCCAGGCCAAGAUCACUGGUGCAUACGGCCUCCCUGCCAAGUAUGUGAUUCACACCGUGGGCCCCAUCGUCCAGGUUUCAGUGGGGGACAGAGAGAGGGAGGGUCUGCGCAACUGCUACCACAACUGCCUGGACAGCGCUCUUCAAAACAAGCUGAGGACUGUGGCUUUCCCCUGCAUCUCCACAGGAGUGUACGGAUACCCUCCAGAGAAAGCCGUGGACGUAGCUCUGGCCACAGUAAGAGAAUACCUGGAGGAACACCACGCACAGCUGGAUCGAGUCAUCUUCUGUGUGUUUCUCAAGUCUGACGAGGAUCUGUACCUGGAGAGACUCCCACUCUACUUCCCACAGGCUGGCUGACCAGGCAGAAAGCUUGGUUCAGGGACAGGUGGCCAGAUGAAGAGCAAACUGUGACAGUGUGUGGAGGUGAGGACCCUCCCUGCUUGACCUCUUCCUCCUCCUCCUGCACUGUGCCAUGGCAUUCAUAGGAAAUGAUAACCACUGUGUAUUAAUUGAGAUCCAUCUGAGUUUAAGUAGUAGCACUUUGGACAUUGCUCUUAUUAAAAACUGUGUUUUCACCAUAAAUUAUUGUGUGGCAGGACAAAAGAAACCCAUUAAAACUAUCAAGGACA